CCCCAGCCGCGGGGCUGGCCCAGGUCGUGGUGCCCAGGUCUGUCCCUGCCAUCUGGCUGCUGCCGUCUUUGCCGCUGGGCCCGGCUGCCGUCCAGACGUGAGCCCCAUGAUCCCUUGGACCGCGUGGAGGCCGGCCGGGCAGAGCAGGCGCCUGGGCACACAGCGGCUGUGAGCAGACGCGCCGUCGCUGGACCCCCUGCUCCCAGCGCACGGCCACUCCGGCGCGCUCAUGGAUCUGUGGCCCCGCUUGCUGCUCCUGCUCUGGACACUGGUGACGGCCCUGGCACUGCUGGCCCAGGAGGUGCUCAUGCAGCGCGUCUACACCAACACCUGGGCAGUGCAGGUGCCGGCAGGGCCGCGAGAGGCUGACAGGCUGGCCAGGAAGCAUGGAUUCCUCAACCUGGGGCCGAUUGUGGGGGACUACUACCACUUCCGGCACCACGCUGUGGUGAAGCGCUCGCUUUUGCCCCACCCGUCCUGGCACAGCCGCCUGGCCAGGGAGCCCCAGGUGCACUGGCUGGAGCAGCAGGUGGCCAAGCGCCGCACGAAGAGAGACACCUUCACGGAGCCCACAGACCCCAAGUUCCCGCAGCAGUGGUACCUGUACAACACGAACCAGCGGGACCUGAAUGUGCGGGGAGCCUGGGAGCAGGGCUACACGGGCAAGGGCAUUGUGGUCUCCAUCCUGGAUGAUGGCAUCGAGAAGAACCACCCAGACCUGGAGGGCAACUAUGACUCCGAUGCCAGCUUCGACGUGAAUGACCAAGACUCCGACCCACAGCCGCGCUACACACAGAUGAACGACAACCGCCCCACUCCCAGGCGGGGCUCUGAGCAUGGCUUCUUCUGGGGCAGGCACGGGACACGCUGUGCUGGCGAAGUGGCUGCUGUGGCCAACAACGGCAUCUGUGGCGUGGGCGUGGCAUACAACGCCAAAAUUGGAGGUGUGCGGAUGCUAGAUGGGGAGGUGACGGACGCCGUGGAGGCCCGCUCCCUGGGCCUGAACCCCAACCACAUCCACAUCUACAGCGCCAGCUGGGGCCCCGAGGAUGACGGCAAGACGGUGGACGGCCCGGCCCGGCUGGCGGAGGAGGCCUUUUUCCGCGGGGUCAGCCAGGGUCGCGGGGGGCUGGGGUCCAUCUUCGUCUGGGCCUCGGGGAACGGGGGCCGGGAGCACGACAGCUGCAACUGCGACGGCUACACCAACAGCAUCUACACACUGUCCAUCAGCAGCACCACACAGUACGGCAACGUGCCCUGGUACAGCGAGGCCUGCUCCUCCACCCUUGCCACCACCUACAGCAGCGGCGGCCAGAACGAGAAGCAGAUCGUGACGACCGACCUGCGGCAGAAGUGCACCGAGUCGCACACGGGGACCUCGGCUUCUGCCCCACUGGCCGCUGGCAUCAUCGCCCUUGCCCUGGAGGCAAACAACAACCUGACGUGGCGGGACAUGCAGCACCUAGUUGUGCGGACGUCCAAGCCGGCACACCUCAAUGCCAAUGACUGGGUCACCAAUGGUGUGGGCCGCAAAGUCAGCCACUCGUAUGGCUACGGGCUGCUGGAUGCGGGCGCCAUGGUGAGCCUGGCCAGGAACUGGACCUCGGUGGGGCCCCAGCGGAAGUGUGUUGUUGACAUCCUCACGGAGCCCAGGGACAUCGGGAAGCGGCUGGAGGUGCGGCGGAAGGUGGACGCCUGCCUGGGCAGGGCCAACUACGUCAGCCGACUGGAGCACGUCCAGGCCCGGCUCACGCUGUCCUACAACCGGCGCGGGGACCUGGCUAUCUACCUUGUCAGCCCCAUGGGCACCCGCUCCACCCUGCUGGCCUCCAGGCCCCAUGACUACUCGGGUGAUGGCUUCAAUGACUGGGCUUUCAUGACCACGCACUCGUGGGAUGAGGACCCUGCCGGGGACUGGGCGCUGGAGAUCGAGAACACCAGCGAGGCCAAUAAUUAUGGCACCCUGACCAAGUUCACGCUGGUGCUGUACGGGACGGCAUCCGAGUCCACCGACAUCUCCAACCGCAUCGAGAGCAGUGGCUGCAAGACCCUCGCCUCCAGCCAGGCCUGCGUGGUGUGCGAGGAAGGCUACUACCUGCACCAGAAGAGCUGCCUGAAGCGCUGCCCGCCCGGCUUCGCGCCCAGCGCCCCAGCCCUGGUCCUGGCCGACGAGGCAGAGAACAGUGUGGAGCUGCCAGCUGCCCCGCGCCUCCGCCUGCCCUGCCACGCCUCCUGCGCCACGUGCACCGGCCCCACUGCCACCGAGUGCCUGAGCUGCCCGGCCCACUCGCACUACAGCCCCCCAGACCGGACCUGCUCCCACCAGACACAGAGCAGCCGGGCGUCCCCCGCCCUGAACGAGGGCCUGGCCGAGGCGCCAGCACCCUCCAACCUGCCCAUCCUGGUGGCCAGCCUCAUCUGUGCCCUCAUCGUCAUCAUCUUCAUUGCCGUCUUCCUGGUGCUGCAGCUGCGCUCGGGCCUCAGCCUGCGUGGUGUCAAGGUCUAUGCCUUGGACAGCGGUAUCAUCUCCUACAAGGGGCUCCCGGCUGACGUGUGGCAGGAGGCGCCAUCCGACUCGGAGGGCGAGGAGGCCGAGGCGCACAGCGAGAGGACUGCUUUCAUCAGAGACCAAAGUGCCCUUUGAUGAGCCCCCACAGGGCGGGGGGGCACAGACUCUGCUUUGGCACGGCCAGGCCUGGCCUUCCAGCUGCCGGGGCUGGCCCCGUCCUGCUCCUGGGAGGGCCCCGUGCCCAGCGCCCGUGCUCUCUGUGCUCGCCAAAGUGUGUUCUGCAGUGCCCCCUCCCACGCUGCCCGGCCCUGCCCUAUGCCAGCGCCCACCAGGCAGGGCAGGGGCCACGCGUGCCGCAGCGACGAGUACUUGGCCAGUCUCUCCGCCUACAGCUGGGCCUCUGCUGCCCAGGACCCUGGCCUGGCCCAGCCUCUCCUGCCUGUGCAGGCUCCUCUCUGCUUCCCCCUCCCCUGAGCCCUGGGUCUGGCAUCUCUCCCUGCUUUCCUCAACAGCAAUAAUGGCCAGGCCCUGCUCCUCUCUGCUGGGCUUGCCCCAGGGAGGUGCUGGAGCCGGGCCCCGAGCCCCUCGGCUGGCAGGGACCAGGGAGCGUACAUCUCCCGGCCGCAAGGGGCCCGGGGCCGGAAGCACCCAUGGGGCAGGGCUGGGCACGGCCACCCUGGAGCAUCCCCUGCCCUUGCCCAGGGGCCUGGGACCUAGCCCUGCGGUGGGGAGGGUUGUGCUGCCCCCACCCCAUGCCGCCGAAACACGUGGGGCUGCCCCGGGGCCUGGCCUCACCCUGUCCCGCGGGAGGGGCACCGUCCAGGCAUCCUGCUGUGGCUGGAGAGCAGCCGUCCGCCCCUCACUCGGGCAGUAUGAAGGGUGGUGGAGCCUGGGGGCAGCGCUGCAGGGCCUGGGCCACGGGACCCCAGCUCUCCUCUGGCCCUAGGAGCUGCUGGACCCGGCACCCGCCCCCAGCUCCCUUGGCAAAGGCCCUGGUCCCUGGAGUCCCUGCCCCUCCUGACGUGCCUUGCCCCACUUUGGUGACAAUCCAUGUUGCUCCUCACCUGGAGCCCCUGCCCCCCGCCCCGGGCACUGGCUCUGCGCUCACAAUCCAUUCAUCCAUCCCCUGGGACAUGGGGCGGGGGCGCCCCCACUCCCCUGCAGCAGCAGGCCGGGCCCGAGGCUGCGUGCGGUGCCAUGCGGUGUGGGGUGGGGGGCCUGGCCGGGCCCCAGGACUGUUUUUCUAUGAUAACUUUUUGGUGCACAGUAAUUUCUUCUUGUAAUUUAAUCAGGCAGGAACGGUUCCUGCGCCCGUCUUUAAUUUAAUGGAUGUGGAUAUAACGCUAGAGGGAGAGAUUAAAUGUUCAGAACUAUGCAAACCA